GAGUGCGGCUGCGCGCUCUCAGUUUCCGGCCGCGGGGGGAGGGGGAUGGAGGGGCUCUGGGUCCGAGCCGCUUGGCCGUGCGGCCUGGGCCAGCUGCGGGCCUCGGUCACCGACUGUGACUCGGACAGCGGAGAGGCCGGUGACUGUGUAGAACUUGUUACUUUGGAACGGCCUCAAACCAAUUCUGCGGAAACUCCAUGUAUACUCUAUCUACGGUUCUCUCCUCAACAACCUGCUGACAUAAUCUUUGUGGAGAUAUGGAGCGAAGCAAGAAUCAUGGAGGUUUACACAGGAGAGUACUGCGGAACAUGCCAUGGCCAAAAAGUCGACAACCUACAGUUAAAUGGUGACCAUGAACAAAUCCUCUUAUUUAAGAAGUAUUUUAAAUUGGAUAUUCCUAGUUCAUACUGCGAACUAAAGUUGCUGUCUUUAGGUGGAAAAGAGAAAGUACGAAUUGGUAAAAUAUUGCUGGGAGUAAAAGAUGCUUCAGUUGGGAUCUCAAGAGGCUUUUCUCCUUUUGGAAAAAGCAUCGACAUGGAACGAGUACAAACGAUGAUGGAUUCAAUGGGAGCAAAGUUGUCACCUGGAGCUCAGCAACUCUUUAACAUGGUCCAAUUCCAGCAGAAGAAUCAAGCAGCAAUAGGUGGACUAUUUCAGGGUAUGCUUAAAAAAAGUGAUGUAACAGAAGUUGGAAAAAUUGUGAAUUCACCGCAAAUGCUUAUCCCACAAUCUGAAGGUGAUGUGAUCUCUUCCCAUGUAUUCAGCAACACUAAUCCAAUUCCUACAUCAAAACUGGAAGGAACAAAGGAUCCUGAAGGAGUAACUGUAUUUAAUGUUGAAUCCAUACCAACAACAGAUGGCUCAGUCUUGUCCAUUGGAGCAAAUGAUAAAAAGAAAACUUCUAAUUCUGGAGAUAGCACAAAAGAAGUAGAUCAACAAAAAUUUGCGAGAGGAGAUUUGAAAGAGCUUGUGUCAACAUUUCUGUGCAAACAAAGUAAUGGAGAGCCAAAUGCCUUUAGUUCUGAAAUGCUGCCUUUCCUUCGGGACCUUUGUGGUCAGGUGAAUGAACUUCGUUUGGAAGAAGAGGCUAAAGUUACGAAAAAUACCACAGCAGCUGAGGACAGAACCAGUGACAGGCAUUACCAAGAGGCAUUAUGUUUAAAAUUAGAAAAACAUAUUGCUGAACACAUGGAAUCAGUAGAAAAGAGACUGAAGGAUUAUAUUGAUUGCCGAAUAACCAUGCUGCAAGCUGACCUUGAUGAAAAAUUUAUUUCGCUCACCAAACUGCUUGAAAACAUUGCUCUGAACAGAACUGUAACGAAAAACUAUGAAUGUGAUGCAUUUUUAACGAAUGGGGAGCUUUGACUGAUUUUUCUUCGCAUCUUUUGAACGAUUACUGUGAAACUGGUUUAGUUUCAAGAAACCCUGAAUGUUACACUUAGUGCAAGGGUGUCCAAACUAUGACCCUGGUCAUAUAGGUCGAAAGUUUGAGCCCAUUAAGUUUGUUAGUGAUAUGAUUCCUGGAGUAAUGCUCAUAUACAGCCAGUGUGCAUGGCCAAGUAACUCAGGCAGCUCUGCUGCAUUUGUUUGUUAUAACGUUUUAUUUCUAAGUUUUAUGGGUCAGUAGGUUUGGGGAUGGUCGCUUCUGAUUCUAUGGCCACAGUAAUGGAUGAGUGAUUUGUGAUGCUGGAAUGUGUCAGAAGUUUUACUGGCAAGAAAACCAUAUAUCUGGCUCUUGAACAUGUGGGGAAUGCACUGGAAUGGCCCAUACAAAAACUUGGACUUUUCCAAUAUAAUGAAUAUAUCACCAGAAAAUUGAAACGGAAACUAGAACAUAUAAUUUAUUUCCAUUCUAAUUUUUUUGAAAUUUGUGGCAUUUUUUUGGGCUUAAUGUGUUCUCUGUUUAAAAAGAACAAUUAUUUGGAGCAAAGAAAAUUUGCUAAAAUUAGAAAUUCUAUUGUGAUAAUGUAUUACUGACAUUAAAUAUUUUUGAUAUCCUAUCAAUUCUUGUUGCUAGAUCCUGGAAAGGUUAAUAUUAAGAAUAUAAAGGGUCCUGAAAUUUAUUUUUUUUUUCACAAGCUAACCUUGACCUUCAGAAUUCCAAUGUGUAUCCUGUUGGCAUUCAUACUAAGGUAGUAGUGAUGUAAAAUUACAGUUGCACAUUAAGUUCAGAUUUUUGCAGAAACCUGAAACUCCAAGACAAGUAUAAUUUAGUGUAUCUCCUCAAAAUGAUAAAUCGUUAAGCAUUAUUUGCUGUUUCACUACUCAAGUAUUCAUUUCGACUUAAGGAAGAUUUGUAAAUCACUGCCGUUGAUCACCAAUCUAAUAUUAUUCAUUCACUGACUGGAGGUGGGUGUUGCUGGCUAGGCCAACGUUUAUUUUGCAGCCCUAGUUGCUCAGAGGACAUUUUGUGAUUUAAUGCAUAUUGAACUUCAAAGACUAAUUUGCAUCUUGUUGGUAUUCAUACUAAAGUAUGAAAUUACCGUUGCACACUAGGUUGAUGAUUGUUACCUUCAGUGGACCUGCCACAAAGUGGUGCUGCAAUGUAUUACGAGCAAGAAAGGUAUCUGGGUUUCUUUUGAACAUGCUGCUUAAAACAGAAAACUUGCUUUCAACCUUUUCCCAAUAACUUAUCCAGCUGGCUUGCCCUUGAAUUGAACUUAGUUGAGUGCAUGAAUGGAAAAUUAUAAAGGAUACAUAGCAAGUAAUAUAUGAAUUAUACUAUCAACUGAGCAAUUACAAUUUAAUGGGAAAUUUAUCCAGAUAAAAUGUAAAGUGGGCAACUGAAAAGGUAGGUAUAUAUUACUGUAAAUUAUUAAAAGAUUUUCCAAAUAUUAAAAUGCUUUCUUCAAAGUUUGUUCAAUGUAUUGACUGUCCAAUUUCAGAUGGGAUUCCUUUCUUGUAAACUUUUUUGUGGUAAACUGUAUUUAGAAGAGUUUUUGCAACUGUAUUAAAAACAUUUCUUGCAGGUAUUGUAGACAUUUCGAAGUCUUAAAAACCAUGAUAUACUUAUGCGGGGUUCUGUCUGAAUUUAAGAUAUGUAAUUAAGUUUUUUGUGAAACUUAAAUUUUUGCAGUGUUCAGACAAACCGUUAUGAGUAAUUUCUGCAUUAUUUUGACUGCUUGCAGGCUGGAAUUAGCACAAAAAAAUAAAC